GUUUUCAUCCCCUCACCUUUCACCGGUCACCACAGCCUCAAGCCCAGCACGCAUUCGGAAAAGGAUGAGGCUGCUUUGAUGCAUGCCGAAAAUUUACAACUUGUGGUGUGCAUGAUGUCUCUGUGCAGGGCGACAUGUCGUCAUAAGGCUGGGGGAAAAUUGAUAGCCAGCUCACUUGGUUCACAGCUGUCGCAUACCACACCAAAGGGAUCUGAUGGGCAUGGGAGAUUUGAUGCAAAGCAGAAGAAGAAGGUACUGAGCGAUGAGCCAUAGCGAGACUUCUUGGAAACGUUGCACUUGGGCAAGGUGUAGCCCACUUUGGCCAAAAAUCGCUGCUCCUGCAUGAUGAAUCAACCCCAAUUGGACGAUAAGUCAUCACAAGUCCCAAGCUAAAUUCAGAUCACGCUCAGAAAGAUAUGUAUCAUGCAGCAUCUCUCUCUCAUCUAGCGCCGGUAGCUGUUGAGCUAUUCCUCAGACUUGCAGCUCAGGCCGAACCGUUUCAAACUCCAUCUUCUUCCAAUAUCAACGGCGAACACCGGAUUUAAGAAUUGCUCCAGCCUCCCUUUCACCUCACGGACCGAUGCCACUAUCAAAGAAGCCCCGCAAUUCGUUUUGGGGCCUCCUGAAGGAGGAGUUAUUUGGCCACAAACCCGCCAAAAGGAAGCGCCGACGACGGUCUCAUCGCUCCAGACAUUCUUCAGAUGCAGACCAACAGGGAGGCCGCCAUGGGGCCCAUAAAAGAUCGCACCAGCAAAAGCAUCAUGAAGAGAGAACACACAGCGAGACAGAAAGAGACUUGGCGAGACAACAUAUACGAGCCAUUAGAAAAAGGAAACUCAACGCUGACGACAUCAAUCAGGGUGCGCUGGACUUUCUCUCGGACGACCUCUAUUCGUCGUCUACUCACUUUAUCCUUGAAUUGAUUCAAAAUGCCGACGACUGCAAGUUUAGUCUCGAAAAGGAGCAAAAUGUCUCGCAACCCAGCCAAAGCGACGAUUCCGAGAGGGCCUACCUGCCCGCUCUAACUUUCAUCUUGAGAGAGAGAGAACUCCGGACUAAAUGCAACGAAGAUGGGUUCCUUCCGGAGCACGUCGAAGCCAUCUGCAAUACUGGCGCCAGUUCCAAGAAAGGUGAUCCUAACUCAACCGGCGAAAAGGGCGUCGGUUUCAAGUCGGUUUUCGCAAUAGCAGACCUCGUCUGGAUUAUUUCGAACAAUUACUCCUUCAAGUUCGACAAACAUGAGCCACGUGGGAUGCUGGCCCCGAUAUGGCAAACAUUGCCUGAUCCUGACCUGGAUGGUAUCCUCCCCGGCCAAGAUGGCACUACAAUGGUAUUUCAAUUGUCCUCGAUGGCUAAUGAGAAAAUGCACGCCAUGGUACAUGCCUUACAGUCUUACAUCCUCAAAGUAUUGAUUUUCCUGAAAAACCUUCGGUGCAUCACGUUCACCAUUGAAGACGACCGCCGGAGAGAGCAGCAAAUUACGAUGACACGGAAAGACUCAGUUUCAGAUGUUAAAGGUCAUUACACAACCGAGCUUAUUUCUCCGGAUCGCUCGCGACGGCUUUUCAUGAUCCAAAGCUUCAAGGUGCCGUCAAUGCCCACGGAGGAAAAGCGACCCGGACAGGAGACAUCAGAGAUCAAAAUUGCAUUCCCCAUGAAUCCUGAUAAUCAGCCAGUGCUAGAGGCACAAUAUGUCUACUCGUUUCUGCCAGUCUAUGACUUCGGAUUCAAGUUCCUUCUUCAGGCCGACUUCCUUCUGCCGGCAAGUCGAGAAGCCAUCAAGGAAAAUUCAGAAUGGAAUAAAAAAAUUCUUGCAGCUGUCCCCGGGUUAUUUAUUUCCGCAAUCGAGCAUCUGGUGCCAAAAAUCCUACGCUAUUCGUGGCUGAGGUUCUUGCCGGACGAGGGCCAGCGCGAAGACGUUUUCAAGGAAGUGAGACUGAAGAUCUGGUCUCGGGUGCGUGAACAACCGUUUUUGGUGUCUGAAGCCGAUGAACUAGCUAAGCCUGCGGACUUGUGGUGGGUACCUCCUUAUUUCAGAUACGAAGACAACACUCCCUUCACCUUGUGCACGGCCACGCAGGCCCACUACCUUUCGCGCGAUUAUUCUGCGGAUGACCGAUACAUACUUCAACGCCUCGGUGUGGUUGAGCUCCCUCUGAAACAGUUUCUCGAAGACCUUGCGCUCCUUAUCAAAUCCGAAGAUGGUAUCGCUGAGCGUCCUGUGGAAUGGCACCGACAUCUGUCAAAGGCGAUAGAGCAACAUGAACAUCGCGAACGUUGCAUCCCGCAGUUGCGGUCCCUUCGAAUCAUCCCUACGAAGAGGCCGAGGCCAAAUGAGGAUGCCGAGUGGGUGGCCUCAGACCAAGGCAUCAUUAUGUUUUCUUCUACGGAAAAAUAUCCCGAUAUUCCUCCUGGUAUCAACAUCUAUCAAGUUCACCCAGAUGUGGGAGAUGAAUUCGAAGACAUAGACCGCCGCGCUCUGUUUCGGCAUGUUGGAGCUCAAGGCUACAGGAUUGGCCUAAUUCACGAUGAGAUCAUCAAGAAACAAACAGAUCAAGAAUCUGUUGAGUGGAGCUUGACAUCCGACUUGGUUGCACAGCUUCACUUCUUGUAUGAGACAGGGUGGGAAAGCAGAGGAUCCCUCAAUCUGUGGGUAAUGACAGUGGAAGGAACUCCGGGUCUUGCAUCCAUGACCUAUCUCAAUUCCGGUCACACAUAUUCCGCAGCUGUGAUUUUUGCCCGGGGCGGGCAGAAAGUGUCCCUCACGCAGGGCGAAUACUCCGAAACAAAAGCCGGGCUCGUCCGGAGAUGGAAUGGUUGGCUUUACCACCAAUUCCGGGUGUGGCAUGUUCCAAAGCUGGUCAAAGACCGGGAGUCGUACAAAAUCGAACUUUCCCCGGAUUUCGAUCGAGUCACCGAGAUUCUCGCGUCAUCCGAGUGGCUGUUACUGUUGAAGAAAAACCAGGACGUCUAUUCAGAGUGGCUAGGUACUGACAAUGCACGGACGAGCAUUUUGAGAGAUCAGCUGGGGUCGAAAGUUGUUGACUGCCAUGACGGUUCUCGAGCUCCGCUGAACAAAACGUUCCUUUUCCCGAAAGCCCUGCUGCCCGACGAGCCCAUUCCCAUUGCGCGACUACAGGUGGAUGACGAAAACGACGACAAAUGGAAAUUCCUGGCCAACUUAGGGGUUCUUUUGAAUACGAACAUCUCGUUCUACAUCAGAUGCCUCCAGGAAUUUAGUGGGAAAAGCUCGUCCGUCAAAGACAUGUACGCCUUCUACAAGAAGAUACAGGCGGAUUACAAAGAAAGCGAAAAUGACCUCCUCAAGGCUUUUGACAAGCAUCCGUUGAUCUAUUUUCCCAUGGAGGACUCUAAACGCCAAUCGGAAUGGCUCAAGGUGAAUGAAUGCGUGUGGGAGGGUCCUCGCUGUCUUCCGAAGCUAGCAAGACUGGACCAACAUUAUCCGGAAUGCAAGAGACUAUUUCAUGGCUUACUGCAUGUCGCUGAAGAGGUUGAUCCGACGCUUCUGAUCAAGGAAGUAGAGUCUUGUAAGCCAACCGAGCUUGAACUUAUCCUUGAGCUCUUGCAGGAAGCAGAACGGCGUUUAAGGAAAACCGGUGAAAGGCAGAUUCCAGAUAUAGGGCCAAACACGGAAAUAUUCCCAGUGAGAAGUUACAUGGGCCACAAUGGUUCGGUAGUCAUGAAACCGUGGCACAAAUGGAUGGAUUGGUGGAUUGCUGACGAAAAACAAUUCGAAAGAACCGCGGGUGACCAAAUCCCCCUCCUUGCACUCGACUUUGCUGACCUUCAGCUGAUGCCAUGCAUAAUGGAUAUCUUCAAGUUGCACAGCAGGGUAUUAUCUAGCGCGGCCGAGACGUCCUGGACGCACGAAGGAGCUCAAAAGGUAGCGUUGAAAAGUGCAUUGUUUGAUGAGAGAAUCGGGUUGAUUUGCCGGCUGAUACCUGACCGAAAACUCAACCGAGGAGCUACCUUGAAACGCUUGACGAACAUUACCCUCUAUCAGGCAGACAACAUAUCGUAUUCCUGGAGAGUAGAUGGAUGGCGUCACAGUGAACCGCUCAAUGUUACAUCGACCGUUCACAAAACGGAGGAUGCGUUGCAAGUGUACGUGGUCAAGAGAUAUUUGGCCUCGAAUAAGCUUCCACUUGAGCUGGCGGAACAACUCUCAAGUCAUUGUGGCAUCACUGAUCCAGAGGGGAGACGACUGGCCAUCAUGGUGGUGACUCUUCAGAACAUUCAAGACAUCCAAGAAGAACUUGUCUCGCGGGGAUAUCACGAAAACAAAGGGGUGGUGUCACCGUUGAGCGACAAGAGCGCCAAACAGGCAGAGAACACUCCACCGACCUCGGGUCCUGCUCCGCAAGUCAGCUUGGAUUCUGCUCCAGUCGAACCCGCGUCCGAGAAAUUGAAGAAGUCGACGCUUGACGACGAAAAUAACCAUACAGUGCACGAGAAGACCCACCAGAAUAUAAAACAGCCGCGUAAUCAGGCAAACACAAGGGAGACUCUGUCUACCGGCGCCGGCACAAUUGACGUUUCCGAAGAUCAUCACCUCUCAACCAUGCAAAGUAACCAUGCGUCACAGUCCGUGCAUCCACCUGCGGACAGCAUCCCAUCCAAGCUCCUUAAGUUCGCCCGUACAGACCCUGCGAAAGACAAAGUGACGUAUCAAGGGGGUCUCGAUGAAGCCGCCAUUCUCUCGCUGUACCGUCAAGUCACCCACACAAAGCCUAGCAGCCACAAACCUAAAUUGAUUGAGCCCCCCGAUUUCACAACUGGUCUUUUUGCCAAAGCUUCACCGUUCAUUGUCGACCAUGGCCUUCCUGAUCGCUCGUGGCGCGAGUUUACUAGAAAUCUUACCAGCCGAGUAACUCGCAAAGAGCUAGCUCAAGUAGUUUACCUGUCCAACGCUGCCAACAAUGCCCAGGUUGACAAGGUUGACGACUUUAGCCUGGACAAGAGCAUCAGAACACUGCCUGGCCGCGUGCAUGUUGAUGGAAGCUUGGCGCUGUCUACCACUGUUUUUGUGUCGUUGCCAACACCUAUCGAGCAGCAAGAAGCGUUUGCCGGAGAGUUAUUUAUGUCGAAAGUACUUGAAAGAGAGCUUCAAGGCUAUUACAAACCUGGAGUACAUUGGACUAGCAACGCUAGAGUGCAAGAGGGACAUGACCGCUAUGAGAGUCAAGUGGAUGCGGAGACGACUUUUACCCUUGUUGACUGCUCAGCGUUUACUGAUUUUCUCGUUCGACAUGAGUAUCUUCCAGCACGAGAUUGGAUAAAUCCUUCCAUCACUUACCAUCUAGAUGUCCACACUACAGCAGGAGGCCUACAUGAUCCGUUCAAGAUCCAGCAGAAGAACUUUGACAUGGCUCGUGCAACAUCCAAAUUCAAGACUCCUAAGACCGACCUCUUCGUCCUGAUCAGAAUCUUCAACAUCUACCGGCAGCCAGACAUGCGCCUCAUUGUCAAUCCUUGGAGUUUGUACGCCUCCGGAAACAUGGACCUUACCGUCGAAGGCGAUCACUACCGUGCUCUGCUGGCAGUUGACCACGAGGAAGUCGCCUUCACAGUUCAAACGACUGAGUUGACGAACAGUUAUGAGUACGAAGAGCUCAAGGGCGAAAGAGAUAUCCGUUUGCUGGAGAUCUACCCAGACAACGAACAAGAAAUGCUGAGGGGCCGAGUCUACGAUACGAACCUGGAUGUAGAAGAUGGAUAUAUCGCUAUUUCGUACACAUGGGGACCAGCAUUGAAACCAUAUCGCGUACACUCUUCGGUCGGGGACCUUCCAAUUCCCGCGUCACUGCACUCUGCGCUAAAACGGGUAAGAAGCUCCGAGCAAAGUGUCACAGUCUGGGCGGAUGCUAUUUGUAUCCACCAAAGGAAUGAGAGUGAGAAGGUCCGACAGAUCAAGCUACUGCCAGUGAUUUUCGGGCAGGCAAAGCAAGUCUUUGGUUGGGUGGGAGACAUGGCGGAUUACAGCGAUCUUGCCAUCAAAGCAUUACAGAGCGUCGCACAACCAGAAACUGAGCAGGCCUUUUCGGAAUUCGAUGAUAAGAAGUGGAAAGCCGUGAGCGAAUUCUUUGAGAGACCCUGGUUUGUGCGGUCCUGGAUCAUCCAGGAGAUCAUUCUGGCGAAGGAUCUGCUUGUGGUGUGUGGAUCCCAGACAAUUCUAUGGCAGGACUUGUACGAAGCCGUGCGGAACUGCCAGGAACACGCCAAAAGGUCAGUCGGGGCGCUAAAUAUCCCUCUCUUCCGCAAUAUGAACGCUAUUGUCAGCCUUGGAGAGACCAGACAUGGCUUUUGGUCUGGUUCCCAGAAAUAUUCGUUGCUCCAGUUGCUGGAGCUCUUCCAGCACGCCAAGUCAACCAUGAAAUGUGACAGGCUGUUCACUCUACUCAAUGUGGCUGCCGAUGGUGGAAGGCUAAACUUCAAACCCGAUUAUAGCUCUCCAUUGGAAGUGAUCGUGCGGCGAUACGGCUCAGAAUUUGUCGACAGAAAACAGACUUUCGAGCUGCUCUACCGAGCUCGACUUUCAAAUGGAGAAGACUUUCCAUCGUGGACACCAGAUUGGACGUCCAACCAAUAUCCCAAAACCAUAUCUUCCUGGCAAUCAGAACCGGAAUUCAGUGCUUUGGGCGUGGACCGGGAACAGGCAGGUAUAAGUCCACUCGACGACAGGCUCCUUCUCAUCGAUGGGUGCGAGGUUGAUAAGAUCGCCAAGGUCGGCAACUGUACGUCCGAGGUCCACGACGCGCUGGAAUAUAUCGCCGACAUCUUCGAUUUCAUCGAGCUGAACGCGACCGACUCGCAGGCUGUACCAAAAGACGAGCUCAAGAGGAAACUGCCUAUCGGGUCGGCGGCCCGAGCCCCCUGGGGUGAAUGGGUGGGUCAAGACUUCAACGAAUCCUUCCUCGCAUUGACGGAAUACCUGGCCUUAAGGAACGGCCAGGACGAAGUGGGUUUCACGGCGGGACACUCUCCCGCAGAGACCACCGAGCGGCUCUCCCAGCUGCACGAAAAGUUGUGGCUCUUCCUGUUCACGGCGAUCGAGUUCUCCGAGAGGUUCCAGCCGGCCGUGGCGUGCCUGACCAACCGGGGCUAUUUUGGCCUUGUCCCAGCAAACGCGCGGGAAGGUGAUAUUAUCGCCGUCCUGUAUGGCGGCGCUGUGCCUUUCUGCUUGAGACGUAGUGAUGACGAGGAGACGUGUCGGGUUGUAGGGGAAGCUUAUGUUCAUGGAAUCAUGCACGGUGAAGCCAUAGGGUGGGAAGGUAUGCGAGACGAGACGUUCCAGCUGAAAUAGAUAAAGUAUGUUGUACGACCGGUAAAUGUGAAUCCGACACAUAUCCUCUAU